AUGGCUUCGUGGCUUCAGAUCCCCAAAAACUCGCCCUUCUCACUAGCCAACAUCCCGUUUGGUAUCAUCUCAGCAGCCUCCUCGCGCGUACCAGCUAUCGCAAUUGGUGACUAUGCGUUGAAUUUGAACGCCUUUGCCUCGUCCGGGGGUUUCUCACAACUGCCCGCCAUUCAGUCCCAUCUGAAUGUGUUCAACCAACCGACUCUGAACGAUUUCGCUGCGCUGGGCCGUCCCGUGCACCGCCAGGUUCGCGAGUACUUGCAGAAUGUCUUCCGUGCCGAUACCCAAUUCCCUCAGAUCUUGAAGGACAACGCUGCUCUCCAAAAAUCGGCGCUGGUGCCCCUCUCGGAGGUUGUCAACCAUGUCCCCAUGCAGAUCGGUGAUUACACCGAUUUCUACGCCGGUCUGAACCAUGCAUACAACAUUGGAGUGCUCUUCCGCGGCAAGGACAAUGCUCUGCAGCCCAACUACAAGCACCUCCCGGUCGCCUACCACGGACGUGCUUCAUCAGUUGUCCCAUCAGGCACCGACCUGCACCGUCCUCAGGGUCAAAUCCUGGCCAACCCCGCUGCCGACCCGAAGCUCCCAACCUUCUCUCCUUGCAAGAAGCUCGAUAUCGAGCUCGAGCUGGCCUGUUUCAUCAGCAAGCCCAAUGACCUUGGCAAGCCCGUUUCCAUCGAUGAGGCCGAGGAUCAUAUUUUCGGUUUGGUGCUGAUGAACGACUGGUCUGCUCGUGAUAUCCAGGCCUGGGAGUACGUUCCUCUGGGUCCUUUUAAUGCAAAGAACUUCGGCACUACCAUCACCCCUUGGGUUGUUCUCAUUGAUGCUCUCGAGCCUUUCCGUACUACCGGUCUUGAGCCCGGCAAUCGCGAUAAUCUGCUUCCUUACCUGCGCGAGAAGAAGGCCGAGAAUGCCUACGAGAUCCCGCUUCAGGUCGAAGUCACCAACAAGGGCGGCAAGCCUACCAUCAUCGCCAACAGCAAUGCCCACAACCUGCUUUACUCCUUCCCCCAGAUGGUCGCCCACCACACUAUCACUGGCUGCAAUUUGAGAACUGGUGAUCUCUUGGGCUCGGGUACCAUCUCCGGCAGCGAGCCCAAGACCCAGGGUAGUUUGCUGGAGCAGACCAAUGGCAAGACCCCGUUGGUGCUGGCCGACGGUAGUGAGCGCUUCUUCUUGGAGGAUGGUGAUCGGGUUAUUCUUCGGGGCUCUGCUGGUACAGAGGGCAACUACGUUGGUUUCGGUGACUGUGUCGGAACCAUCUUGCCUGCUGUUCAGCUGUAA